AUGAAAGAAAAUGUAGAUGACAAUGAUAUUCAUAGUAUUAGUAGUAAUAGCGAUACUGUAGAUGAUAUAGAUGGAGAUUGGAAUCCAAAAGGUUUUGGAAUAUCGGAUAGGUUUCGGGCGAAAGUAAUUUCGGACAAUUUCGGUUUCGGAUAUGGGCGAUAUAUAUCGGUUUCGCCCACAUCAUUAGUCCAUAUUAAAUAUUUGUUGACGAAAUAUAGGCAGAUGGAUUCGAUAAAAAAUACGAGAAUUUCACAAUUAGAAAUUGAAACAACUAUAAUGUCAAAAUUAUCGUUGUCAUGUGAUUGGUGA